AUGGCGCCGCCUACGUUGUUUCCAGGAGUGGCUGUCAUCACGGGCGCUGGCGGUGUCGAUUCGGUCGCUGAGCAAGAUAUAGGCAUUGGCGCACACGUUGCCCUCGCCUUUGCCGCUGAGGGCUGUUCAAGGAUCGCCAUCACCGACCUCAGCACCACCCUGCUCCAGCAAACCGUGGAAAGCAUCCAGGCAACCCGCCCAGGAGUCGAGGUCUUUUCUGAACCAGGCGACAUCACCGACGCCGACUUUGUCGGUACGUUCAUGAAGCGGGUGGUGGAGAAAUUCCAUCGCAUCGACUACGCCGUCAACUGUGCUGGGAUUCUGGGCAAGGACCAGCGGUCAGACGAGAUGGACCUGGCGUCGUUUGAUGCAAUCAACAGUGUCAACUAUCGGGGCUGCUGGCUGUCGUCCAGAGCCGAACUUCAAGCCAUGCUGAAGCAGGAGCCAUUGCCCGGGUUGAGUGCAUCUCGGCCAGCCCAGCGAGGCGCCAUCGUCAACAUAGCGAGCCAGCUAGGGAUCGUCAGUCGUCCCAAAGCACCCGCCUACUGCGCCUCCAAGUCGGCCGUAAUUGGCAUGACCAGGGCAGACGCCAUAGACUAUUCCACAGACAACAUCCGGAUCAACUGUGUCUGCCCCGGCGUGAUCAAAACCGCCAUGACGACGGGAACGGAGGAGGUUGCCGAAAGACUUGCUCCUGCGGUUCGAAUCGCGCCUAUGCAGCGGAUGGGCUUACCAGAAGAAGUGGCCGAUGCUGUUCUCUUUCUGUGCUCUCCUAAAGCAUCCUUUGUGCAAGGGCACGCCCUGGUGGUGGACGGUGGAUACAUCAUCAACUAG